AUGAAUAAGACGUGGGACACAGAUCAUAAAUUUUGGGAAUAUUUUAACAUGGAUUUUAUAAUGAAUGCUACAGAUCCUGAGCAGGAGACGGUUCUAACUUCAGACCAAGGUUUUGUGGUGGGGAUUUAUAGUGCAUUGUUUUUGGUUGGAGCUGCUGGUAACAUAGCUGUGUUCAUUGCCCUUAUCCGGUCGAGGCGGAGGAAGUCAAGGGUCAACUUGUUGAUGACACAUUUGGUCAUUGCAGACCUGAUAGUGACCUUUAUUGUGAUACCGUUGGAGAUUGGUUGGCGAACAACCAACGCCUGGUUAGCUGGUAACUGGGCAUGCAAGUUCUUCCUAGUAUUGAGAGCAUUUGGACUCUAUUUAUCUUCAAAUGUACUCGUCUGCAUAUCAUUAGACAGGUUUUUCGCAGUUUUAUAUCCACUCCGUUUGGCCAUAGCAAGAAAGAGGAGUAAAACAAUGCUGUCGGUGGCGUGGGUCGUCGCACUCUUAUGCAGUGUACCUCAAAGCCUCGUGUUCCGUGUGAUGCAACAUCCGACGGUCCCGGAGUUCGAGCAGUGCGUAUCAUUCGAGGCUUUCUCGAACCAACACCAAGAGCUGGCGUACAACGUCACAUGUCUGCUGGCUAUGUACUUCCUACCGUUGGUGAUAAUAACGGUUUGCUACGCUUGUAUAUUCUGCGAAAUAUCCAAGAAUUCUGCGGAAAUGUCUGAUAAAUGUCAGCAAUCAGAACAUGGCAGGAUUCACCUGCGGAGGUCUGAUCAGAGGCCACUAGCACGGGCUAGGAGAAGGACCCUCAGGAUGACGGUUACUAUAGUUACUGUCUUCGCCUGCUGUUGGAUGCCUUAUGCUACUAUGACGCUGUGGUACAUGUUCGACCGGGAAUCCGCGAUGCUGGUGUCUGCGCGGGUCCAGGACCUGUUCUUCAUCAUGGCUGUCUCUAACUCCUGUAUGGACCCCUUGGUGUAUGGAUCAUAUACUUUGGACAUGAACAUCAUUAACAGAACAUUAAGAAAAAUAUUUUGUAUCCAUAGCGAAAACUUGAAUGGGCACAGAAUAAUGGAGCCAGGCAAAUAUAUUGGCAAACAACAGGCUGUCGUUCAAACCAAUAAUAACAUAAAGUCCCGGUACGUUGGGUACCAAGAGACCUCCCUAGUGGUACCGAGCGGGAGUACGGAGCCCCUCCCGUGUUGGAGUGAACGACAGUUUGAGGAGUACAAGACGAAAGCGUACGAAAUAUUCACUUUGCAGACUCGGAUUGCUAAGUAAUUACUUUGUUGGAGAAUUACAUAAACGUGUAUAUUAUUAUUUUUUCAAAUGCUCUUAGACAUUUGUUUGUAUUUUACUUAGGGC